GCUGGUUUAGCGGACGGUCUUACACUUUUACCCCAAACUCCAUUUCUCCAGUGUCUGCCCCACCUUAUUGGCACGAACCUGAACCAGCAAAGCCCCAGCGUACAGCGUAUCCGAGGCCGUUCUCAGCUGCAGGACCAGUCAAGGUCGCAAUCAUGGCGAAGGGCAAUGUUCUUGUUACCGGUGGGAUGGGAUAUAUAGGGUCCUUCACGUCUCUCGCGCUUCUUGAGGCAGGAUAUAGUGUCGUCAUUGCCGACAGUCUAUAUAAUUCUUCAGACGAGGUGCUCAAUCGUAUUGAACUGAUCUGUGGCAAACGCCCCGGUUUCUUCAAGUUAGACGUCACCGACGAAGCUGCUUUUGACAGGCUAUUUGAUGAGAAUCCUAGCAUUGACAGCGUGAUUCAUUUUGCUGCUCUAAAGGCAGUGGGAGAAUCCGUCGAGAGGCCUUUAGAUUACUACAAUACUAAUGUCUACGGAACACUGUGCCUAUUACGCUCAAUGGUCCGUCAUAAUGUGACGAAUAUCGUCUUCUCGAGUUCUGCAACCGUCUACGGUGACGCGACACGUUUCGAGAAUAUGAUUCCCAUACCUGAAGAGUGCCCCUUGGGUCCAACUAAUCCUUAUGGAAAUACAAAGGUUAUCGCUGAGACUGCGAUUACAGAUGUUAUCAGCUCGCAGCGCACCAAUGCGAUUAAGGCUGGAAAUGCAGAAGAUGCUGAAAAGUGGAAUGCGGCUCUGCUGCGCUAUUUUAACCCUGCAGGUGCUCACCCGAGCGCAAUCAUGGGCGAGGAUCCACAGGGCGUGCCGUACAACCUGCUUCCACUGCUUGCACAGGUAGCUACGGGGAAACGAGAAAAGCUCUUUGUGUUUGGAGAUGAUUACGCUUCUCAUGACGGCACCGCUAUCCGUGACUACAUUCAUAUCCUUGAUCUUGCAAAUGGCCAUCUGGAAGCCCUCAACUAUCUCCGUGACAACCGUCCCGGUGUCCGCGCUUGGAACCUGGGCACCGGCAAAGGCAGCACCGUCUUCGACAUUAUCAAGGCUUUUAGCAAAGCUGUUGGCCGCGACUUGCCAUAUGAGGUCGUUGCCCGUCGCGAUGGUGAUGUUCUCGAUCUAACCGGGAACCCGUCUCGUGCGAAUCGUGAAUUGGGAUGGAAGGCCACACGAACUCUCGAGCAAGCCUGCGAAGACCUUUGGCGGUGGACAAAGAACAAUCCCCAGGGAUAUCGACAGUCACCACCAGAGGAAUUUCUCGCCAAGCUAAAACAAAAUUAAGGGGCCGGCAUUUGAAUUUAUUGUGAUAUACAGUUUCAAGGGAAGGGUAAAUAUAACGGCGAAUAAUAAGCAAAAGCAAUCGAUUUGGGUUGGUACUGUGGGGAAAUAAUGCUCUUUUGUUCACUCCGGAAGUAUAGUUCGUCCGGUGAUGUUCUGGUUCUAUAUUGCUUGAUAGAUUGCCGUGUAUGUAGGGAGAUAGUGCAAUCG